AUGAACCUUCGGCAGUGUGUGGAUUGCCUGUCGCUAAGGUGUGAAUCACUGGACGAGAUGGCCCUGCAGCGCAUCUCCUAUCUGCUCGCUAGUCGUCAUACCGUGCUAGAUAUAACACCAUUGCUUAACAUGCUGUGCGCCACCGCCACGGCCAGCGUAUCGGAUGGAGAUGCUGCGCAUGUGGCGAUGUGCAUCAAGCGGCAUCGAGAAGACGCGUCGGUAACUAUAAGAGGGGCAUCUGUGUUGAACCGCACAUGUUGUACGACUAAAUUGCGCCACAGCACUGCCCAGAGACUGGAGCUUGCGCUGUCACUCGCGGACCGUCACUUGGUAGUGCUGGACGACGCAUCAAUGCUCCAGCGACGUAUUGGCAAACACAUGCAGCGUAUUGCGCAUUGUGUCCACCAGGCCGGUGGUCAGCGUGCCGCUUCUACCGUAGAUGCACCGGUCAUCGCCGCUCGGAGUGCCGUUUUGGAUUACGCCGCGUGCUUCGGAGGCAGCACCGCGCACAGAAAUGGAAAACUGCACUCAGCUCUACUAAAUGCCGACCAAGGCUGA